AACUGACAUUAGAGGUUUCAGAACUGUGUGUAAUUUAUGUUGGAGAACAAAAACUCAUUAUUUUGCUGAACAAAUGUCUCUUCAAUUGAUGUCAACAACAGGCUUAAUUUACUCAUAAAUCCAAAAGUGUUCUAAAAACCCAUUAGAAAUUCCCACGGGCACCCCAUGGUGAAUUAGCAUUCCGGGUCGGCCUACAAAUUGACGUCGUGAAUUAACAGUUGGGUCACUUUAUCUGUGAUGAUGAAAUUAUAAAUCGAUUGCUAUAUUAUUUAUAUUGGUGGAAAGUGGAGAAAUAUUGAAGCAGUUUUUGUAACCUCAUCUCAGAUGUCAGUGUCAUUUCAAAAGUUGGCAAGAUUGCUGUAUUGACGUUUUGGUUUCAUUAAGUUUUGAGACAAAAGAAACCACUACCCGAGAGACGUGUGAAGAUGAAUCCGACUCGUCAACUUUACCCUGCUUUUGCCACCCAAAUCUCAACCGAGCAUGAAAAGUUACACAUCUACAGUAAGUUAGACAUUUCUGUUCUUGCUUUGUCAUCUUCACUUGUUAUAAAGACUCCAUGUAGAGGACGCUGCAUCUGCACAUACAAUGACGGGGGCUUUAAGAGAACUGGCGAGAAGCCCUGUGCUUGUUGCAGCCAUUUUCAUAGCAGGAAUAGGAGGAACCUUUCAAUACGGCUUCCAUAUCUCUGUCCUUAACUCACCAUCACUUUUUAUUAAAGAGCUGGUGAACAGCACCUGCCAGCAGCGUUAUGGCCACUCUCUUGAGCCCUGGGAGCUGUCUCUCAUCUGGUCCUUCAUUGUGUCCAUAUAUUGCAUGGGAGGGCUGGCUGGAACCCUGUAUGCUGGACAUCUGGCAGGCGCGUAUGGAAGGAAGACAACUCUGCUUUUGAACAAUGUGGUGGCAAUCUGUGGAGCUGUCCUGAUGUUGUUUAGUAAAACCGCCCUCUCGUUUGAGAUGAUCAUGGUGGCACGUGUGCUAUACGGCAUCAACGCUGGUGUGAGUUUGACUGUCCACACCAUGUAUAUAUUAGAGUGCGCCCCCAGGAGGCUGCGUGGGAUGGUUGGUGUGUCGGUGGCCUCUUUUGUCUCAAUGGGGAAGUUUUUUGGCCAGCUGCUCGGGAUCAGUGAGGUGUUAGGCACUGAAGAGCGCUGGAUCUGGCUGCUGGCCUUCAGCGGGGUGGCUGGUCUCCUGCAGCUAGUAACUCUGCCCUUUCUCCCUGAGUCCCCGCGGUACCUCCUGCUGGAGAAGGCAGACAAACAUGGCUGUGAGAUGGCUUUGCGCAGGUUGUGGGGAGCUAGAAAGGACCCUGGACCAGAGAUGGAGGAGAUGUUGGCUGAAUACGCCUCCCUAAAGGGCGUGAAGAUCCACAGGCUCAUGGACCUCUUCGUCGACCACAACGUCCGCUGGCAGCUCAUCACCGUCAUCGUCACGUUCGUCACACUGCAGCUCUGCGGCAUCAAUGCUGUCUAUCUCUAUUCGUUUGAUGUGUUUCAAGCUGCCGGUAUUGCCAAGGAGAACCUGCGCUAUGCCGCCCUCGGGACGGGCCUGUGUGAAGUCUCCACCUCUAUUGCCUGUGUGCUGAUCAUCGAGAGCACAGGGAAGAGAUUGCUUCUCUUUAGGGGUUACCUGUGCAUGGCCGCCUCACUGGCCCUGCUCACACUUACACUUUACCUUCAGGACUUUGUAUCCUGGAUGCCAUACUGCAGCAUGGUCCUUAUUUUCACCUACAUCUUCUUCUUCUCUAGCGGGCCAGCCGGGGUGACAGCACCACUUCCUGGUGAGAUUUUCACACAGUCCUAUAAACCUCCGGCGUUCAUGGUAGCCUGCAUCCUUAACUGGACGGGACUCUUCCUGGUGGGCAUGUUGUUUCCUCUCAUAGUGGAACAUUUGGAUUAUUUCUGCUUCCUCAUAUUUUUUGUGUUCUGCUUCUUCUCUGGUGUUUUCGUGUGGUUCCACGUGCCUGAGACAAAGAAUAAAACGGUUCUGGAGAUCACAGAGGACUUUAAGAGAAUGCACCAGAAAAGCAGACACUCACUACAGUCCAAACUGAGCUCAAUACACACAAACAACACCCAGAGCACCAUAUCUACCAAGCUUUAGCACCGGUUCAGAAACAGUCAUGUAGUCAAAUCAGAAGCUGACCAAUAAAAAGUCAUUUUAC